AUGCUGAGGAAGGACGCCGGCUACUCCGAGCCGGGCUGCGGCCGAGGGCAAAGAAUCCUCGUGCACGCGGGUGUGGGCCACUUUGCAGUCCAGCUGGCGAAGAUCUACGGCUUUGAGGAGAUCGUGACGACCUGCUCUGCUGCGAACGAGGAAUUCGUGAAGGGCCUGGGGGCCACUGCCAUCGUCGACUACAAGACCGAAGACUUCGUCACGAAGUAUGCCAACAACAAGUUCGAUCUGGUGGUAGAUCCGGUGGGUGGCGAACCCGUCGGCUGCUGCUGCGCCGCCCAGAAUGCCCUGGCCCAGUAUACGCCGCGAAGCCGGAUGGUCACCAAGACUGGCGGCACGGUGGUGGGAAUCAUCACGGGCACCACGCUGCAGGGAGCCCCCUGCGGCUUCGUGGGAGCGGUUUGCUGCUCUUGCCUCCCAGCCUUGUGCGGGUACAAGUGCAUGAGUGCUUGUGGCCUUGGGCCGAAGUUCGUUGGCCCCUUCUUCCUGCGCGCCAACGAGGCGAACGUCGACCUCACGAGGCUCCGCGAGUGGGUGGAUCAGAAGCAGCUUCGAACGGAGGUUGCCGAAGUCUUCCGCUUCGAGGACGCCCCGAAGGCCCUGGAGACCCUGGAGGAGGGCGGCGGGCACAACACCAAGAAGUCGAAGAGCAAACCCUUCCGGGGAAAGGUCGUCGUCAAGGUGUCCUCUUGA